UGAUUCUCAUAUCAUAUCCGCCACUGCUACCAACCAGUAUGCCAUCCUCACUCUCUCUCCCCUCUUUCUCUCUCCUCCGUUCAAAUCCACUCAGCCACCGCCGGCGCCGGACCACCACUCUCAGCCCCAAGUUCCCGCGCAAUUCCCACUUAUUAAUCAUCAAAACCUCGCUGGAAAAGCCCCCACCACCGCCCUCCACCAAGCCAAGCUCGUGGGUGAGUCCGGAUUGGCUAACUAGCCUGACCCGGUCCCUUACUUUGGGCCAAAACGACGAUUCAAAUAUACCCAUUGCCAAUGCGAAGCUGGAGGACGUGUCGGACCUUCUGGGCGGCGCUCUUUUCCUCCCACUGUUUAAAUGGAUGAAUGAGUACGGGCCCGCCUACCGCCUAUCAGCGGGCCCCAGGAACUUUGUGAUCGUCAGUGACCCCGCCAUUGCAAAGCAUGUAUUGAAGAAUUAUGGGAAGUAUGCAAAGGGGCUUGUUGCUGAGGUGUCUGAGUUCUUGUUUGGGUCUGGCUUUGCCAUUGCUGAAGGCCCCCUUUGGAUGGCAAGGCGUAGGGCUGUGGUUCCAUCACUUCACAAGAAGUACUUGUCAGUAAUUGUUGAGAGGGUGUUUUGCAGAUGUGCUGAGAGAUUGGUGGAGAAACUCACACCUUAUGCUCUCAAUGGCUCUGCAGUAAACAUGGAGGAAAAGUUUUCUCAACUAACACUUGAUGUAAUUGGUUUAGCUGUUUUCAAUUACAACUUUGAUUCCCUCGUGACUGAUAGUCCAGUGAUUGAAGCAGUUUACACUGCACUGAAAGAAGCGGAGUUGCGAUCAACCGAUCUGUUGCCAUAUUGGAAGAUUAAGGCAUUGUGUAAAAUAGUUCCACGGCAAGUAAAGGCUGAGAAGGCAGUUAGUUUAAUCAGACAAACAGUUGAAGAGCUCGUUGCAAAGUGCAAAGAGAUGGUGGAUGCUGAGGGUGAGAGUAUAACUAACGAGGAGUAUGUGAAUGAUGCUGAUCCAAGCGUCCUUAGAUUUUUACUUGCUAGCAGGGAGGAGGUUUCAAGUGAACAACUUCGUGAUGACCUUUUAUCUAUGCUUGUCGCGGGGCAUGAAACCACUGGUUCAGUAUUGACUUGGACAUCAUACCUACUGAGUAAGGACCCUUCCUCUUUGAGAAAAGCACAAGAAGAAGUCGACAAAGUAUUAGGGGGAAGAAAUCCUACCUAUGAAGACAUAAAGAAUCUCAAGUUCUUGACACGGUGCAUAAUUGAGUCUCUUCGACUAUAUCCACACCCUCCUGUCCUGCUACGAAGAGCUCAAGAAGCUGAUGUCUUGCCCGGUGGUUAUAAAGUAAAUGCUGGUCAAGAUAUAAUGAUUUCAGUGUAUAAUAUUCAUCAUUCUGCAAAGGUCUGGGAAAGAGCAGAAGACUUCCUACCUGAAAGAUUUGGCUUGGAAGAUCCAAUUCCUAAUGAGACAAAUACUGAUUUUAGAUUCAUCCCUUUCAGUGGAGGGCCUCGUAAAUGUGUUGGUGAUCAGUUUGCUUUACUCGAAGCUACUGUUGCUCUGGCAAUAUUUGUGCAGAACUUAAACUUCAAGUUGGUUCCAGAUCAAAACAUUGGUAUGACAACCGGAGCAACUAUUCACACAACAAAUGGUUUGUACAUGAAAGUGACUGAAAGGCAGAAACAGAAACAACCCGUGUUGGCAUGAAACUCGCUCGGGUAAUAAAAUAUCUUUACAUUUCUUUCAUUUCUUAGAUGAUUAUCGAGUCUUGUAAAACUAGCCAGAAAGACGUGUAUCCCAUUCUUGAAGAACAAUGUAUAGCAAUAGUCCUAGGGGCCGGGAUUUUUUUGGUAUCUGCAUCUCACGGGGCGAGACAAAGACAAAUCUAGUUAAGUUUUGGUCAGACCCUAUUUGAGACAGGUCUCCGAAUUGAAGGGUGUAAUUAUGAAUUGUUAAGUAGUGCAAUUAUGGUGAGAUGAGGUGAACAUGUUAAAUGGCAUGAUGAAUGCAUGUAUGGUUUCACUUAUGUAUGUACUAAUUUAGUACUCAUUCAUGUGAUUAGUGAUGAUCAUGCAGAA